GUGUUUUUUGGCCUCGUUUUAGCUAAAUGCCGUCCUAGAGGCCUGGAUAAGGAUACAGAGGCACAACUGAAAACCCAUUACAGUGAUAAAGGAUACAUGAACCGUAUCCUAUCCGACAGAUAGCUUGAGGGACUCGAUGCUGCUAUGGAGGGGCGACAUAUUGUUUUGGUGAUCGACAACGCACCAGGACACGGCAAUGCCGACGACCUUGCUCUCAAGAAUAUUGAUAUCAUUCGACUACCACCAAAAGCGACCUCAGAUUCUCAGCCUUUGGAUGCAGGGAUCAUUCGCUCAUUCAAAGUGAAAUAUAGUCGGGAUAUGAUUCAUGUUGUAUCCAAAUGGCGAUCAGAGGCUGAACCUGGCAAGCCAAUCCCUGACAAUCUACUGUGGCCACGCCUUAGUUCUGCUUGGGACGCUACUAUUUUGCCCACAUUCUUACUAUACCUCCAGAAAUGAAGGAUCUCUUACGAACGGCCGACAAUCUCGACAACGACGACAAAGAGGUGAAAUAGUUCAAUCGGCGAGGACGACAAGGAUGAAGACGAUGACUUCUCCGACACGGAUUAUUCUUUUACCGCUAAGCAAUGAGGCUGUCACGAGCAGAACUCCCCAACGAGUCAUGAAACGUCGGUCUGGCACACAUGAGACGGAGCUGCCGCCAAACGUGAGCUCAUCGCAAGAAUCAAGCGUUUAUGAAGAGCCGUACGGGCUAGUGAUGCAGGGUCUGAAGGACGCUAUGAACUUGUAUCGCUCCAUGAUUUCUCAUAGGAGACAUGUAUUAGCAUCCGGUGUCCCCACGCAACCGCUUAGUCGCAGUGUUGUCAAAGCCGUGAGAAAUGGGGCUUGAUCUACUGGACGACAUGAUGGCACUUGAAGAGGAACUAGAAGGGGAGAUAUCAUUGAGGUGACAU